AAAUAAAUUAUAAAAUAAAAACAAGGCCAAUUUGAAUAAAGUUAUUAUCGAUUGCUAUGAAGAGCAUCAAAAUUAUUAACUUUUUUUUUUAAAUUAAGAAAAUUAAAACAUACAUAAUGAAUAAAAGUCGAAAAGACUAAUUUGAAUAAUAAUAAUAAUAAUAAUAAUAAUAAUAAUAAUAUACUGAUAGAAGGAGAAAGAGGAAGAGAGAGAGAGAAAUUGAAAAUUGUUAAAGGGUAGAAAAAUAUAUACACGCAUGCGUCAAAGAAUGUUCACCCACGCUGAUUGGCAAUAGAAAUGUUCAAUUGUUGGAAAUAGAAAGGUAGCGUAGCUCAGUACCAUACAGUUGUGCUUGCAAGCAUCUUGAAAACUUAGCUAACUUAUUACUUUCUUAAUCGACGAAUAAUUUGUAAUUAAAUAAAAAAAAUAUUCGGACACAAAUCUUUGAAAUUCAAAUACAGAUUGUCUGAUAGAUAAAGAAAAGAAUAACAAGAAAGUAUAAAAAAAAAAUAAAAAUGAAGACUGAUAAGACACAUGGGAGCACAGCAUUCUACACCAUCGUGGUUUUGAUGAGCAUUUUCGAGAUUCAAGGAGGUGUUUAUGCUUGGGGAGGUCUUUUUAAUCGUUUUAGUCCAGAAAUGCUGUCAAAUUUGGGAUAUGGUGGUCAUGGAAACGCUUACAGGCCCUCAUACCUUGAACGACCACUUACCGGAAAUUAUGCCAAUAACUUUGGUGAAGGACUUGAAAUUUCAAAUGCUGAUGAGCCAUGCAGUGGAAAAAGAUGUAUUGCCAAUGAACAUUGUUGUCCAGGUCAAGUUUGUAUCGACGUUGAUGGAGCUUCAACAGGAACUUGUUUCUUUGCUUAUGGAUUGAAACAAGGAGAACUUUGUCGACGAGACAAUGAUUGUGAAACUGGACUGAUGUGUGCUGAUGUUGUUGGAGCAGACACAAGGUCUUGUCAACCACCCGUUACCUCCAAUAAACAAUAUAGUGAAGAAUGCACCAUGUCUGGAGAGUGUGACAUAACAAGAGGUCUUUGCUGUCAAAUCCAACGACGUCAUCGUCAAACAACUAGAAAAGUGUGUUCGUAUUUUAAAGAUCCACUUGUUUGUAUUGGACCUGUUGCAAUUGAUCAAGUUAAAAAUAUUGUUCAGUAUACAUCUGGUGAAAAACGAAUAACUAAUCAAGGCAUUAAUCGACUUUUAUUGAAACGUGGUCUUUUCAUUUAGAUACCACAUAUACACGCCAUUUAAUUCAAUAUAAAUUUAAAUAUGAUAUUGAAAAAAAAUGAUUACUAUGGCCGAUAAAAAUCAAAUUUUAAUUAAAUAAAUAUUUGGAUUAUUUUUAAGUAGAAAAGUGUAGUCUAAAAUAUCUGGCCAGAUAAUUCAACUUUUUAACAUAUCAGAAAAACAUAUCAAAAAAUGGAAACUAUCAGAUUCCAUUUUUGUCUACUUUUAAUUGUUUAAAAAAAUAAAUAAUGACUUCUUUGAAUAAUCAUAAAGAGUUUUUAAACUUUAUGAAAUAAUAAUAAUGUAUAUACGUGCAAAAAAAAUGUACUCUAUCAUGAAUUUACUAUGAUUAUUCAUCUAAGUGAACAAUUCUGACUUCAUGAUGAAUUGAGGAUGACCUCAUGGUGAAUUUAAUAAGGAUGAAUUUAUUCCAAAUAAUAUAAAAAAUAAAUUAUAACAUUAUUUAAAAUAACAUAUCAAUAAUAAUGUUUUAAUAAUUUUUUUAUUAUUCUAAAUAAAUUCAUCCUGAAUUCACCAUGACGUCAUUAUCAAGUCAUCAUGACGUGAAGAUUGGUCAAUUAGAUGAAUAAUCAUGGUGGAUUCAGGAUGAAAUCUAUCAUGACUUUAUGAUGGAGUAUUUUUUUUUUACGUGGGUUCUAAUUGAGCAUUUAGAAUUCUUAUUUUUUUCUCCAAUAUUACGACUGAAUAAUACAUAUCAUAUCAUUAUAUUUAAAAAAUAUAUUUAAUUUAAGUUAAACUAUACAUAAGUGCAUAUUUUUGACUGCAGCACAAAAUUUAGGCAUUUAUCAGAAAAAAAUAAAAUUUAUUUCGUUGAAACAUUGAAAUAUUAUAUUCUGUUAGUUUUAAUAAAUUAUAUUUUAUCAAUUAUUCAUUUAUUAAUAUAUCUGAACAAUAUAAAGUUUUAGAAAAUAAUCGUACAUGGUUAUUAAUAAAUGUACAAAAAACAAAAAAAUAUAUAUAUAUAUAUAUCUGGACAAAUAAAUCUAAAAAAAAGUUGACAAUGUCUUAUUAUAUCUAACAUAUAAACGGAGUAUUCCAUGCCAAUGAGAUCAAUGAUUUUUCUCUUCUUUCCCUAUAACAGUGAACUUAUAAAAAAACGAUUUUUCAAUCAUGAUCUUUGUUAAUUCGUUUGUAAAAAAAGGAAGGUACUUCGAAUUCCAGAAAAAGCAAAAGGGAAUUCACGAAUAUUUUCGAUGAGUUAAAAAAAUUAUUUGUCACGUUGGCAUGGAGUCUCACGUAUAUAUUGAAUGUACCUGAAUAAUCAUUGAUUACGUUUAUGAUAAUGGAUCAAUAAGUUAUACUUUCACUCAAAAACCUAUAUGCUUCAAAAUGUCAACUUCUAUGUUUUUUUCUUCACUUCAAACAUAGCCAAAGUAAAUUCUUUAUGUUACUUGCAAAGUUCUGAACAUCUAUAUGUCUAUUUAAAAAAUAAAAAAAUUCUUAACAAUGUUUAAAUAAUAACUGUUAUAAUUAAUUUUUUUUGUUCUGAUCGCGAUUCAGUGGUAAUUAUCUUAAGGUACUCAAAAUUCGUUAUUCGAUAAAAAACAACUACAUCAGAUAAUAAAGCUGCUUAAUAAUUUGAAGAUAGUUUCGACAAAAACGUAUUCUUGAUAAAAAACUGUAUCAAUAUUUAUAGCAAGAUCAUAAGAAUAUAGCUUAAAUAUUUCGAAGAAAGAAAUAUGAUGUGGAAUAUUUUAUUUUGUUUAUGUGAGUAAGCUUAGCUGUAAUUAUAGCCAACCAAUCAUAAUCUACAUUAUUUUACCAUGGUACCAGAUUAAAUAAAUAAAAUACAUGUCAUUUUAUUUUUAAAAAUCAAAAAUGUCCAAG